GCCCACGGCCCACCAGGCCGGGCACUCUUCCUCCCCGACACGGCACCACCGCACCACGGGACGCGGCGGCGUAGAGAUUCCCCGCCGCGCCGGAUCCCGAACCCGUUCACCGCCCAGCGAUGGCCUCGCACCUCCGCUCCCCGCUGGUGCUUCUGCUGCUGCUCGCCCUCCACCGGCUGUGUGCCCCGUGGCUGGUGGUCGCCGACGACGGCGCCUCGGUGGCGAGGUCGGCCUUCUCCAUGGACGGCGACGUGGCGUGGGUGGUGCAGGUAAGCGACCUCCACAUCAGCGCCUACCACCCCGACCGCGCCGACGACCUCGCGAGCAUCCUCGGCCCCGCCCUGCGCGCCAUCCGCCCCCACCUGCUCCUCGUCACCGGCGACAUCACAGAUGCAAAGAAUAGGAGAAAAACUACGUCAAGACAAGAUGAGAGGGAAUGGAUUACAUACAAAAAAGCUAUUGAUGCAAUUGUUGGAAUAGGUGGUAUUGAUAAGAGCAGGAUAUUUGAUAUUAGAGGUAAUCAUGAUACAUAUGGAGUUCCCUAUAGGGGAGGAAAAUUGGAUUUCUUCUCAACUUACAGUGUGAACUCACAGCUUGACCGAUUAAGCACCAUCAGUAGCAUUUUGCUUCAGGGACGCAGGAAUUAUCUCUUCCUUGGCAUAGAUGAUACAAUGAGUAUUGGCAUUCGAUAUCCAGCUAAUUUAUUUGGCCAUCCUACUGAUAAGAGGAUAGACGCUGUUAAUUCAGAACUUCAAUACUGGUCCAAUCAUUCCAAUGUUCCAAUAACAAAAGUAGUUUUUGGACAUUACCCUAUGUCAUUCACUACUUCAUCUCAAAAAGGACAACGUUAUGAAAGUAUAUUUGCAAAGCAGUCAAUUUCAGCAUACCUAUGUGGCCAUCUGCACGCGAAAAUUAGUAAGCAGCUUUGGCGGUUUCAUGAAAUGAGUGCAACAACACAAGAGCAGAAAUCAAGCUAUUGGGAAUGGGAACUUGGAGACUGGAAAGAGUCAAGACUGAUGAGGAUUUUAGCAAUUGAUGGAGGUGCAAUCUCUUUCAUAGACCACACACUAAAACAGGCAUUUCAAACUUCCAUCUUGAUCACAUACCCAACAGAUUCAAGAAGUAUGAAUACAUUGGAAUCAAUGAAUUGGUCAACGAGAAAUGAUAUAAAUGUUCUUGUUUUCUCUAAUCAGGUGAUCCGCAAUGUGAGUGCAAGAGUUUUUGACUCUCAUAAUGAGUUUAAGAUAGUUGAAGAAAUACCACUGCAGCUUGUUGCCACACCAUCUGUUCACAAACCUUUGUUCCAUGCGGAAUGGAAUGCUGAAAACUACAAAAGUCCAUCCCCUACUCGCUACUGGCUGCAAGUUUUUGCUCAGGAUUCUCAGGGUGGGAAGACAUCAAGCGAGCGACGACCAUUUUCAGUUGAGGGUAAAGUGCAAAUUCAAUCACGUCCAUGUCUGAACUACUUGAUUUUUGAAGUCCAAUGGGAAGACAUGUAUCAAGUUCUUCUGUGGAGUAAUUUUGCCUUCAUAAUUGUACUAUUGUUUGCUCCCAAAUUGCUGUAUCAUUUUAUGAAGAAAAGUUUGACAUACCAAAGAUGGACCGUGUCAGUUAUGCUAUCCCCUAUCCAGCCGAGGAAAGCUUACUUUUGGUUGGUCUGGUUUCUAAUGGAGGGUGCAAGGAGUAGACCCAUCUGGUUUUCUUUGCUCAUAUAUGUUAUUUGGCUUAUUGAAAUGCCAUGGUUUUGGGGUCAUGCGACAUCUGAGAAAGGAGAAAUUGCUCAAAUGUACUUAUCCGGAUGGAGCAUCCCAUCUCUUGGUGAAGACUUGACCUGGAACAAAUCGAGCAACCCAGAUGUGCUGGUUAUUACACUGCCUUUCCUAUACCUGGUGGUUGUCCCAGUUGUAGUUGUAAUAUAUAGUUUGUUUGCAGAGAAGGCUGUUGCUUGUUUGCGGCACAGCAGAAGAACAGAAAACACGGUCAACCCAACAAAUUCAAACCCUGAGUCAGGAUAUCUACUGCCAAGUGCUUCAGUGUCUUUAGCGAACCUCUCAGACAAGAAAAUUCUCUCAAUGGUAAUGAAAUUCUGUGGCGGCUGGACAAGGAGGGUGCUCCUAUUGUUGUGCUGUAUCAUUGCGGUGAUACAUUUGAAGCUUUCCUCAAGGCUAAUGUCAGCUUAUGGAGCCAAACCAGUAGCCUUUUCUCCUCCAGUAACGUGGAUGCCGUUGUUAUUAUUAAGUGCUACUGCCUAUUGUACAAUGCCCAACACAUAUUAGUGCUGUCAGCUAUUUUUGAAGCACGAGUAUAUUAGAUAAGGGCGUGAAAGGUACUGUCCUUUUGUUGUACUUGAACGUGGUGUGAAUCGUUUAUCACCAACAAAAAGCUUUGUACAAUUACUCGAUGUUUCAGUUAAUAAAGUGUCAAUUUCAUUUCA